CAUACCCUGCGAAAAUCAGAAUUACACUGUGACACCAGUGAACACAGAUUGUUCAUGCUGCUUAAUGUCAUAAUGAAAUUGAAUGACUUGAUUUCAUAAUUAUUUUUCUUUUCUGUAGAUGGUGUCAAAAAAUCCCAUGAAGUACACUGGCAUGAACCAGUCAAAUUUUUGUCCCGAGGGUCGGCCACUUUAUAUCAAGAUUCCGAGCCAUUCAGAAAUAUUACGAGAAAACUGGGUUUUCUGAUCAAAUCCUACGCGUCUGAUUUGACAACAGCCAUGUUGACUGGGAAGCUUGCUCUGGUCACCGGCGGUGGCUCUGGCAUCGGCCGAGCCGUAUGUCAAGUCAUGGCGCGAGAGGGCGCCCGCAUAGUGGCCGCAGACAUCAACGAAGCUUCGGCUAAGGAGACGGCUGCGAUGCUGGGCGGUGCCGAGCACGUGGGCGUGCCCAUGGACGUGACGUCGGAGGAGUCCGUGGCAGCGGUGGUCAGCGGGGUGCGCGAGAAGUUCGGCUCACCCGCCUCGUGUGUCGUCAACUGCGCUGGCAUCACCAAGGACUGCUUUCUGCGGGACAUGAGUGUUGAGACGUUCAUGCAGGUCAUUGACGUCAACUUGAAAGGCACGUUCCUGAUCACGAGGCUGACCGCAAACGCCAUGAUUGACGCUAAAGUAGGCGGGUCAAUUGUCAACAUCGCGAGCAUCGUCGGCAAGGGCGGCAACAUCGGCCAGUGCAACUACACAGCCAGUAAGGCCGGCGUGGAAGGGUUCACGCGGACCGCAGCCAAGGAGCUGGGUCGCAAGGGCAUUCGCUGCAACGCCAUCCUGCCCGGCUUCAUCGACACGCCGAUGGUGAGCUAUGUACCGGACAAGGUGAUGGAGAAGCUGCUGCCGCUGAUCGUGCUGGGCCGGCCCGGGCGGCCCGAGGAGGUGGCCGAGCUGGCCGCCUUUCUCGCCUCUGAGCGGGCCUCGUACAUGACCGGUGCUAGCGUCGAGGUCACGGGCGGGUACGGUAUGUGAGCCGUGCUGCCCGCGCCAAGCUCGCCAACAGCGUGGCGCUUACAUUAGAGGUGUAGUUUCGGAAAAUAAUUUGGAGGUUGAGCAUGACAAAUGGCAAACAUGCACCCAAAAUGGAAUCCUCUCUGUCUCUCUCUCCCUCUCUCUCUCGUCUCUCUUUCUCUCUCUUGCGACUCUCUCUCUCUCUCUCUCUCUC